AUGGGGGUGUAUGUGAAUCUGGGGGCUGUCAUUGCUCAGGGCCAGCCUCUCUGUGUCUCUGACUCUGAGCUGUGUCUCAGGUGCUGGUCCCGGGGCUUUGCCCAGUGGGAUGAGACCCACAAGAAGUGGUGGUGUCGAGGGGCUGCCUGGUUCAGCUGCAACAUCCUUGUUACAACCACCGGCUCGGAGCAGGAGGUGAGGAACGGCAGCGUGUCCAUCAGGGACCAUCAGAAGAACCACACGUUCACUGUGACCAUGGAGGCGCUCACGCUGGGCGAUGCGGACACUUAUUGGGAAAUUGUCACAAAGAUCCUCCCCGUGGUGGCGGCCGUGCUGCUGCUGGUCCUGACGGCGGCCUCGCUCCUGGCCUGGAGGCUGGUGAGGCGGCAGAGGAAAGCUUCCGGGAUUUCCCCAGAGCAGGAAAUGUUUCCUGUCCAGGCCCCAGAGAGUGAACUCUGCUACGCCAACUUGGCCCUGCAUCGGACGGGCACCACCAGGAGGGAGGCCUCCGCCCAGGUGGAGGUGCAGGUGGAGUACAUCACUGCGGGGUGUGCUAAGGAGGACGUAACCUACGCAGCCCUUACUCUGGGUGCCCUGGGUCAGGAGCCCACCUACAGCAACACGGAGCAGCUCGUCACCCACAUCCCCCGCAGCAGCCAGGAGGAGCCCGUGGAAUACAGCACCGUCAGGAGGCACUGA